AACAUCAAACAUCAAACACUUGUAACAAUACACAAGCUACCAUGGCUACCAAAACACAAUGCUAUCACAUCUCUUUGACAUUGCUUUUCUGCAUGGCAUUCUGGGCUUUUCAAGUCACAUCACGCACUCUCCAAGAUGCCUCCAUGCAUGAGAGGCAUGAGGAAUGGAUGAUUCGUUACGGCAAAGUUUAUAAGAAUCCUCAGGAGAGAGAGAAACGUUUGAAAAUAUUCCAAGAAAAUGUAAACUACGUUGAAGCCUUCAACAAUGCUGGCAAUAAACCUUACAAGCUUGGUGUUAAUCAAUUUGCAGACCUCACCAAUGAGGAGUUCAUAGCAACAAGAAAUAGGUUCAAGGGUCACAUGUGUUCCUCUAUCACAAGGACAACCUCGUUUAAGUACGAAAAUAUGACUGCAGUGCCAUCCUCAGUCGAUUGGAGGCAAAAAGGUGCAGUUACACCAGUCAAGGACCAAGGCCAAUGUGGAUGUUGUUGGGCCUUUUCUGCUGUCGCCGCAACCGAAGGAAUUCAUGCACUCACUGCUGGAAAAUUGAUCUCUUUGUCGGAACAAGAACUUGUUGAUUGUGACAUAAAGGGUGUGGACCAGGGUUGUGAAGGUGGCCUUAUGGAUGAUGCUUUCAAAUUCGUCAUCCAAAAUCACGGGCUCAACACCGAAGCCAAUUACCCUUAUCAGGGUGUUGACGGACAAUGCAAUGCGAAUGCAGCAGUGAAACAUGCUGCUACCAUUACUGGGUACGAGGAUGUCCCUGCCAACAAUGAGAAGGCACUGCAGAAGGCUGUGGCCAAUCAACCUGUGUCUGUAGCCAUCGAUGCAAGCGGCUAUGACUUUCAACUUUACGAGAGUGGUGUGUUCACUGGGUCAUGUGGAACUGAAUUAGAUCACGGUGUCACAGCUGUUGGAUAUGGCGUUAGUGAUGAUGGAACUGAGUAUUGGCUUGUAAAGAACUCAUGGGGAACAGAGUGGGGUGAAGAAGGCUACAUUAGGAUGCAAAGAGGUGUGGCUGCUCAAGAAGGACUAUGUGGCAUAGCUAUGCAAGCUUCUUACCCUACUGCAUAAUCAAAAUAGUUGGACCCUGUUAUAAUAUGUACAAUUCUAUGUAUCCUUUUAAGAACUCAUUCCUGUUAUAGGUCGUGCAUAUCGUUGUAUCCUUUCCACCAACAUUGUAACCAAAAUGUUAUCAGUCAAUUACUAAUGAAAAGUAUAUCACAGUUAUAUAUAUAGUACAAACAAAAGGCAUCCUUGGAGAGAAAACUAAUUUUCCUAAUAAAGAAUGUAUAACUCUUUACAGAACGUUGUACAAAAUGAAUUAAUCACGUUGGACUCAGUCUAUAAAAUAUGAAUUCGACGGCUAAUGCACAAAGUAUAUCACGUUGU